CUUUCCUCUCCUCCCACGACCUCUCCUCUCCACCUUCUUCCCCCCCACCCCAGUCGGUCCUCCCGCACCUACCAUGCGUCAGAUCUGCGCCAGCCCCGCGGGUCAGGACACCGCACCCCCGACCACUUCCUACCCCGCGGCGGUUCUCCCACCACCGACCACCGACGACCCAACUGCAGUGCCUCCUCCUUCCUCCAGCUCCAUCGGGGCCCUGCCCCACCCCGCCUCCUUCCUCCAACAUGGCCGGUUCGGGCCAGCGCCCUCCCAACUGCCGGCGCACUCCGCGGCGAUGGCGGGAUCCGGCCGCCACUGGCCCCCAACGAGGCCCCCUCCAUCGGAUCCGGCGGCCACUGCCCCCCUAUGACCACUACCGGAGCUCCUCCGUGCAAUCCUCCUCUACCUCCCUCUCCCGCACCUGCCCGGCUUCCCACUGCUGCCCUUCCCUCCCCUCUAGUGGCCGUGGACGUUGGCGAUCGUCGGAUCCGGCCUCCACCGCGCCUGGAUCCACUGGAUUCGUGGAUCCCCCACGCGUGUUCCCCAGUCAGCCCCACCUCGCCGACCCUACUUCCUUUGUCGCCGGCGCCGGCGCCCUGGCCCUGCCCAAGCCCACUUCUUUCUCCCCCCUACCCCGUGGUUUGGAUUCCGUGUUGCGGCCCCACCACCAGAUCCGUCCAGGGGAGGCAGAGGGGCUCCGGGCCGCCACCACCGGCCACACGCGGCCACCACCUCCACGAAGGGGUGCUCCGGGCCACCACCGCCGGCGCCGCGCCCUUGACUUCCCCACUGGAUGCACCCUCACCAGCGGGCUAGGCCACGAGCAUAGAGGAGGAAGGAGAAGUUCUCCUAUCGGGUGCCGCUCCCAACCAGCAUCGAUCUGGUUCCCCUCCCCCUCGAUGAGCUCCUCCCUGUUUGCUACUGCUUCCCCCGACGGUUGCAGCUCCUUUGAAUAUGUUUUGAAGCUCACUGAAUAUUUUUUGCAGUUCAUUGUGAAAAUCCAUGGAGAAGUCCAUUUCUUUUUAGAUGCAGUACGCCUCGUCGACGCAGCUCAUCUGAAAAAAUAGUGUAGUUCGUUGCUAUAGAAGGUUGUGAGUUAUAUCAGUGGAGAUAAUGUAAAAAGAAACUAUGCAGCUCAUUGUGUGUAUGCUUGCAAAAUGCGGUGUGUGUAUGCGUGCAGUCCACCCCCUCAGUCAUCUGUUUUUUUAGAUGACAAAAAUGUAUUGUCAGAUGCGGUGGUCUCACUUCUUUUGAAAAAUGAUUGCAGUGCGGUGUGUGUAUGCGUGCAGUGCGCUGCUAUGGUCCGCUGUUAGGUGAUACUGUUUUUUGUUUUGUUCUUUUGUUUAGAAAAAAAUCAAGUGGACUUCAGUUAGCUAUUGCAGGAGAAGACAAAAAAUGCAAAAUUUAGUUUGUAAUUAUUGAAGAAAUCUGAUGCAGUUCGUUUGUGUGA